AUGCCCUGUCCUGCGACCCUUCUCCCUUCCCCACCGCCACCACCUACCUACACCGCCCUGCACUCCCAGUCUGCGCACAGCCAAACCUCCUUUGCUGUUUUCCCCCUUCGUUUUCACCGUUGCCUUGCUGUUGCUGUUGCUGGCUGCGCGGCAGGCGAGGUGCUGCAGGAGUUGCAAACGUCGCGAUUCGAUCAACUUCCAUUAUGGGCUUCGAUCCCAACCAGUAUCACGCGCCUAACCAGCCUCACAGAGCUGAGACUUCACCAUCGGUAUCCUGACCAGGACACACUGAACAGCAUGGCGCAGCUGAAGGCUCUGUCAUUGAAAUGUGUUAUCACAUCGCCCUUUGAUUUCAGUCUGGCCAGCCUCGUUCAGCUAACCAGACUGGAAUUGGAUUCCUGUGGCAUAGAAACCAACUCGACCGUUUUUUGGUCGCUGGGCAAAUUGACUGCCCUUGUGAACCUGGAGCUUCCCUCCAACCAAUUAUCAGGCGUUUGGCCUCUUUAUCGCGUCGACUUCCCCAACCUGCAGAAACUGGAUCUGAGCUCAAACCCACUCAGGAUCGACAGCCUUGAUGAGCUCAGGAAGCACACGAGCCUCACAACGGUGGAUUUGUCAGGCACUCAGCUCUUUGGUGAUCGCUUCCUGGAGGGGACUCCCCUGCCCGCCUUGCAAUUCCUGAAUAUUCCCAAUAACGGCCUCACAGGCUCCAUCCCCGAGUCCCUCACAACCAUGACUUCCCUGGCGUACCUGAACGUGAGCUUCAACCAUUUCAAAGGAACCAUUCCGCCAUCCCUCGGAGGCCUCAAGCAACUCACAACCCUAGACACCAACGACACGAGUCUCACAUGCCCUGGCAGCUACACCAGCUGCGGUGUGCCUCAGAAUGCGUCCUCUGGCUUCUGCCGCACCUGCUCUGACUUUUGCGCCACGUGCGGCAAGCGCAAGCCACUUCAUUGGGGCGUCAUUGUGGGAAUUGUGGCUGCUGUUGUUGUCACAGCGGUGUUUGCUGCACUCCUCUACUUCUACUGCUUCGACAAACCGCUGGUGAGCAGCAAGGCGGCAGCGCAGGUGUGUCAGGAGUAUUCACUGGCGACGGUGGCGAAAGCAACCAACGGAUGGUCCCAGGCCAACCUGCUGGGCAUGGGAGGGUUUGGUGAUGUGUAUCGCGGCGUCUCUCCCACCGAUGGCACCACUCAGUGGGCCGUGAAGCGAGCCAGGACCGUCACCACCGACUUCGAUAAAGAGGUGUGUGCGAUGGCCACAAAGGACCACCCCAACCUGGUGAAACUACUCGGCUUCUCAAUCGGCAUCACCGGCAAGACAAGGGUCGAGCAAAUCCUCAUCUACGAGCUCAUGCCCAACGGGGACCUCUCGCGAUGGAUCGAGAAAGGUGUGCAUUCUAACAGUGCACGCAUGUGCUUAGCAGCUACGCUCCCACCUAGUUGGCUGCCUUCCAGCUUCGGCAUUCUCAUGCUUGAACUCAUGACAGGCCGCAACGUCAUCACCGAUUCUUUCAGCAUUCCCUUCGAUGAGGAGGCGGGUCAGCAGCUGCACAUCCUUCCCUGGGUCCAGCAGCAGCUGGCACAAUUCGGCAGCAACAAGGGGGCGGUGGCUGGCCUCAAGGAUGCGCGCAUGGAGGCGCGGGAUGAGUUAGUGUUGAGGGUGGUGCAGCUGGCACUGCGAUGCACCGACAAGCAAAGCGCCACGCGGCCGGUCAUGGGGGUGAUUGCAGCCGAGCUGGAGGACGUGCUGGUGGAGCUGGGCGGCGCACACAGAAAUGCUGGUCCCCGUCAGGUGGAUCGAGAGUUGGAGGUGCAGAAAAAGUCUGUUACGACUUUGGAUACGGAGAUUGAUCGUCUUAAUGACCUGUUGUGCUUUGAUGGCGUGGAAAUGCCAUGA